AAUUAUAAAGAAACUGUUAUGUAUAGUUGCAGAUUUACCGUAUCCAUAAUACGCUUCGCUAACUCUCAUAAGUUGAUUCUGUGCACUUACCAGGAGAGAGGAAGAGAGAGAGAGAAAGUUUAUCACACGAUAAACGAAAGCAUUCUGUGAUGUCACACUUUUGUUCAUUGUGUAUCAUCGUAAGAGCACUUGCACCGAAAUCCGAUCUAUAUUUUUGUUUUUGUCCAAUUGUUGAUAGAUGGAGACAUAAGAUUCGAUACGCUGACUCUCGAUUAUACGUUGCUUGGCGAUAGUAAUAGUCUUUUGUUAUUAUUAUGUACGUAACUUAUCUGUCUCGAGUUUUUCCUUGUAGUAGAUAAAAGUAACAAAAUAAUUAUAGAUAAGGUAAGGAAUAAUAGCAUGGUGGGGAGACAAAGUCCAAGUUUAACAGAAGCACUGUGAUACUAACAAAAUUAGGUACAUUAGAUUUGACUCCUCUUACACAUUUUUAUGAAUUUAGGUGCCAGACACUCUAUGUAACGUAAAAAGUUGAUAGUCAGUAUGAUGAUGAAUUUCUAAUGUGAUACAAAUGAAUUCAAACCUUGAGCAUUGGUUGACAUGGUUGACAUCUAUUGCGCACAUAUUCUAUCUACGUUUGUGAUAUGUUACUCUCAAAGCACCAGCCAGACUAUGGCGCAAAUGACUUUUGAGAUUGAAUUUCCAGUAUGAGACGUUGAGCAUUGAGUGGUCAAAAUGAGUUCAGCAGACGCUUAUAUUGAAAUAAAAAAAAGUGAUGUCAUGUUGAUAACAAAUUGACACCACAAAAUGCAAACAGGCGAAAGUACAUCUAAAAAAAUUUUUUUGGUCGACUUGGAAGAUAAUAGAUACUCAGGCGUGGCUCCCAAUCUAUUCUAGGGCUAUGCAAUUUAUUUUAUCGCACCAAAAAAAAAAUAUCUUGUAUAAAUCACCAUCGAUCGAUGAUAGACCGUGUGCUUUUAUGUUGAGAAAAAAUCCUCCGAUUACAAAUGAGAUACAAAAUACUAGAAAUAUCCUUCUUAGCGAUAUGAAAGGAAAGCGAUGGACAACAAAGGUCAGAGUUAUGAAACGCUGUUGGAGAAUAGUACUGGCUUCAACAAUCCAAACAACAUUAAAUAUCUGUGCGACUUAAUCGGUCUUGGACAAGAUACUCACUCCAACAUGGUUGGAUUGAGAGAGAGAUUUCCGCCGAAUGAAUACGCUUCUGAAUUGCGACAAGCGCAAGCGAGCAAGUGGGCGUUCCGAAGUGUCGCUGAGGGUAUAGAUCAUUUCAAGGCCGGGCGUCAUUCCGAAGCUUUCCAGUGUCUCAACAAAGCGCUCAGUGUUGAUCCUCGCAACGUUGAGGGUUUAGUUGCUCGAGGAGCAUUGUACGCAAAUAGCGGCAGCUUCAAGAAGGCGAUUGAGGAUUUUGAGACGGCUUUAAAAUUAAAUCAGACGCACGCGAAUGCUCGUAAGUACAUGGCCGAGACAUUAGUGGCCCUCGGUAGAAGUUACGAGGACGAGAAGAAGUUCGAGGAUGCUCAGAAGGCGUACGAGAAUUGCUUGGCGAUCGCGCCGUACCACGAGGAAGCGCGAAAUUCCAUCGAAUAUAUAAAAUCCAAGACUCUCACGGCGUCGUUGAAUCCCUUGGAUACCUUUAAGAGUUUCGAGGCGGAGAACGACGUUGUUGAAAACAAGAAAGACAAAAAGAAACGCAAGAAGGAGAGGAAGUCUAGAUCAAAGAAGAGGCAGAGGUGGAGUUCCAGCUCGAGUUCCUCGUCCAGCGGAUCAACGAGCUCCUCUACUUCAGACUCGAGCACUUCAUCGUCGUCAGGUAGCUCACGAUCAGCAUCGCGUUCGCCGGGCCGUAAACGCAAGCACAAGAAAGAUCAUCGUAAUUCGCUUUCGCCGCUCAGUAAACGCAUGGCACAGUAUAACAAUCCCCCUGCUGCAACUGCUACCACUCACGAUACUAUCGCGCCGACUUCUUACACCACGAAUACGCGCGAGAAAAUGGACGACUACGAACUUAAAGUACGCAAGUUUCUUGAGCAGACCAAGGACGACUCUGAUUACGAAGAUAAGGUAAGAAAAUUCUUGGAGGAGACAGCGAGAUGGAAGAGAGAAAGGGAAAAGGAAAAGAAACAUUCGGAGAGUGAAAAGAUGAAGAAAAAGAAGAAGAAAGAGAAGAAAGGAAAAGACAAGGAAAAGGAGGAUAAGAAGAGUCGAAAGAAGAAGAAGAAGGAGGAGCGGAAAAAGCGUAAAAACAAGGACAAGCUCGAGCGAGAUUUGGAAGCAUUGAAAAAGUCAUCUUUGCCCGACUUGGAGCAGUUAGAGUCCAAGCUCAAUGCUUAUUAUGCGAAGGUUGAGAAAGACUGUGCGGCGCUGAAAAGGUAUGUAGCACAGUAUAAUGACAUACCUUCCCCUCUUAGCAACGCGGAGAAGCUAGCUGAGAGUUCACGUAGGGAGGAGGAGCUGCGCAGGGAGAGGGAGAGGGAGAGAGACGAAGCUUCGAAAGCUUAUCACGAGCGGGAAUCCAGGGUGCCAAUGACUGCGCAACAAAGAAAAGAGAUUCAAAGGAAGCCGCUAACAGAUAUAUUUGAACAAGAGUCUCAGUUGAUCCAUCCAGAGCCGAAACUCCCCACGCUUGACACCGCUGCAUUGAAUGCAAAGUGGAAGGCUGCACAAGCUGCUAGGCAAAAAGACAUUCCUCCACAAAAGUGGCAAGAGCCAGUAGAAAGCAAGAAGAUACAAUCCAACGUGUUCGUGGACAGCGAUGAAGACGAUGAUAACGAGCUGGAGGAAAGAUUACAGCGCGCUGCUCUCGAGAAGUCUUUGAACAUACGCAAGCAGAUGCAACGGGAACUUGCCGAGAAAAGAGUUCUACCACCACAACCUACACCAACACCUCCACCACUACCGAAAGAACCACCAAUGCCUAAGCAAGCGCCAGUGAAAUAUCCCACGCCGCAACCGCAGAACAAGUUUCAAUCGUACAAGGAUCCGACCAUGUCGGUCUCGCAGACCACGCCGACGAAAUUCAGUUCUAGCAACAAUCUGGGCGGCAAGUUUCAACCGAUCGGUCAGAACAGUGGGGCCGGACAUCCACCCGAGCCACCUCGUCCACCACCAACAGCAAAGAGCCAGGCUAAAGGUCCGAGAACCGAUUCCGACAGUGAAGCAGAGCGGAGCCACCGGCAAACGUCGAAGAAGCGCGACUCUAGCAGUCGUGGCGGGGUGAACAAACGAAUGAGCAGAGAUCGCCCAGCGAAACGAUCGCGCAGCCGAUCACGUAGCGCCUCCAGCUCGGGUUCGUCGAGAUCACGAUCGCCCAGACGAAGUCGCUCACGGUCUUACUCGAAUCGACGAUCUGGAAGUUACGAGAGAAAAUACAGCAGAUCACUCUCCGGCACUUACAGCAGAUCGCGGUCACGAUCACGUUCCAGAUCGUACACGAGGAGUCGCAGUCGCAGUAGAUCGGGUGAUCGUGGCUAUUACCGGAAGAGGCAAUUCCGACCGUACAACAACCGCGGCACGUACUACAAGCCGCGCUUCCAAGGCUUCAACAAUCCAAAUCAUCGCGGCGGUAACAACAAUUUCCAGAACCGAAAUCGCUUCUACAACAAUCAGCACAACAAUCGUUUUGGCAACCGUCGCGGCGGUGGCUUUAAUAAUCGCGGUGGUCGUGGUGGUCGUGGCAAUCGCGGUGGCAGAUUCUUCCACGGUAAGCAAGGUUUCCGUGAUUUCCGCGACAGGCGGGACUUCAGAGAUCGUCGAGCGUCAUCGCGCGAUCGCUACAGCGAUCGCAGCUACUCACCCGAUCCAAUGAGGAAGGUCGACGAGGCUAAGGAGAAGAUCAACAAGAUGCUCGAAGGUGGCGACGACGUCGAGCAUGAGCAGGAGGGCGGCAGCUCGACUGUGCCACCUAACAAGAGACAAGCCGGACCUUUGAGCGAGGGCGAGGAAAGGGACGAGGACGACUAUGAGAGAUGGGGAGAGGGAGAGGGGGGCGAUGCACCGAGCACCAAGAAUGAGGGGUUUGUACCUGUCGACGAGAACCUGGAAGGCAAGGAGUACUUCAUUGAGCGCAUGAAACAGCGAAGCAAGUUCGUUUUAAUGCAGAGAGCCAUUGCAGCUAAGAUUUGGUAAAUGUGAUCUAACGCCGCCAGUUGCUGCUCCUCUGCUUCUCUGUGAUAUAAUCGCUUUCCUCAUGUCAACAGUGUUAGUCAACAGCGGUCAACUGAUCAACGUGAGGCACAUCGGAACACUUUUAUAGCUGUAGUAUCGAUUAUUGAUUGCUUUCGUUAUUACGAAUUAAGUACCAUCACUUACGCUGAUCAGAUAAUUUAUUUUCACGUGUUAAUUUAUUUUUUUUCAUUUAUCAAGUACAAAUUGGACUAACUUCUGAAAGCAAACUGAUCUUGCACAUUUGUUUUUAUUUAAAAUAAUAUUGAGAAUUAAACGCUAAAGUUUCACGGAUCAUUCUGUACAUUAUAGAAAUAAUUAGAUCGUUUAGUGCUUAAUUGUUGGCACGUUAAUAAGUGCUCCGUAUGAAACACACGACAAAGCGUAUCAACGUAACGAGUGGCUCUUCAUUAUCAAUCAUUAUCAAUCAACAGGUGAUUUUUCCUUUUCGUUACAUAGCAUGUGUUUAUUUCAUAUAUUGAAAAACCAACUUUGGAAGCAGAUUGAAGGAAAAUCGAUCAGGGAGAAGACCAUGCAGGUUUAUUUUGAGAAAUAAUGCCAUAACAAAGGCAAGUUAUCGCGAUUCGUAUUUGGAUACUUAUCAGCAAGAGUUCCAUUUCGUUCAAUCUUGAUGGUUCAAGAUGAAAUCAACGAUGCGAUGCGAUGCGAUAGUAUCUCCAAGGUACUCCAAGAUUCAUUUGCUUGUCGGAGCGUUGUUAAAGAGAAAGAGACACGAAUACAUUAUUACUCUCCAUCAUAAUUGUUUUAAGAAUCUGUAAUACGCCGUAAUUUAGUAGCGUAAGAUACUUAUAUAUGUUGUACGUAAAUUAGUUGCUGUAUAAUUGGAACUCCCACAAAUAUAUAACAGAAAACUGCA